AUGUCUGACGCCGCGGAUACCAAGCCCGACCCCACCAUCACUCCUGAGGCCGCGAAGCCCGAGGAGACCCCCGCCACUGGCGAGGGUGAGAAGACCGUCACUGAGGCUGCUGCCGACACAGCCAAGGACGCCGCUGAUACCGUCAAGGACGCUGCCGCCAAGACCUCCGACAACGUGUUCUCGAUGUUCGGUGGUGGCCCCAAGAAGGAGAAGAAGGAAGAGACCGACGAGGGUGCGGACGAGCCUUCCGGCUCCUCCAAGGCCCAGAAGGAGGGCGAGAACCCCGAGGAUGAUGCUCCUGAAUCCCCCGAAGUUCACUUCGAGCCCGUCAUCCGCCUGACCGAGCGUGUCGAGACCAAGACCAACGAGGAGCUCGAGGAGCAGUCCUUCAAGAUGCGCGCCAAGCUCUUCAAGUUCGACCGUGACAGCAAGGAGUGGAAGGAGCGUGGUACCGGUGAUGUUCGUCUGCUCAAGCACAAGGAGAACCAGAAGACCCGUCUCGUCAUGCGUCGGGAUAAGACCUUGAAGGUCUGCGCCAACCACUACAUCGUCCCCGACAUGAAGUUGAGCCCCAACGUCGGCAGUGACCGCAGCUGGGUCUGGAACGCGGCCGCCGAUGUCAGCGAGGGUGAGCCCGAGGCUCAGACCCUGGCUAUCCGUUUCGCCAACAGCGAGAACGCCAACCUGUUCAAGGAUGCCUUCGAGAAGGCCCAGGAGGAGAACGAGAAGCUCUUCAGCGCUGAGAAGUAG